AGAAGAAGAAGCGGAGCUGAAGGACCGACUGCCUCUAAAGAGAGAAGCCGUGACCCGCAGCAGAAUGUUCGGGCCGAACCGGUACCUGAGUGACGGCCGCCGGUGAGCAGCAGCGCGGCGUGGAGCCCUGAAGGUCCAGAGAUGCUGCGGCUCCCCCUGCUGGUGACGGCACAGCUGGACCUGCUGCUGCUCCUGGUGACCCUGCUGUCCCUGUGGACCCGACUGGGCGGUCUGGGCCACCCCGGCUCCGUGGUGUUCGAUGAAGUCUACUACGGCCCGUUUGUGUCUCUCUACAUGAAGGGGCGGUUCUUUGUCGACGACAGCGGCCCACCGCUUGGUCACAUGAUCCUGGCUCUGGGAGCUUACCUGGGAGGCUUCGACGGGAACUUUGUGUGGAGCCGGAUUGGAGCAGAGUUCCCCUGCGGUGUGAGCGUCUGGACCCUGCGGCUGCUGCCGGCGCUGGGCGGAGCUCUCUGCGUUCCUCUGGUCUACCUGCUGACGGUGGAGCUGGGAUUCUCCCACCUGUCGGCUCUGGGAGCGGCUCUGCUGCUGCUGCUGGAGAACUCGCUGAUCGUCCAAUCACGCUUCAUGCUCCUGGAGGCCCUCCUCAUCUUCUUCAUGCUGCUGGCCUUCUUCUCAUACCUGCGCUUCCACAACAGCCCCAGCAGGUCCUGGUCCAGGUUCUGCUGGCUCCUCCUGUCUGGGGUCUCCUGCUCGGCUGCCGUCGGGGUGAAGUACAUGGGCCUGUCCUCCUACCUGCUGCUCCUGGGCCUGGCCUCUGUGCACAGCUGGAGGCAGAUGGGGAACCGGGCCGUGGGUCAUGUGAGUGGCGCUCAGUCUGCUGUGAGCACAGAAGGUUCUGACCCGGUUCUGACUGACUGUUCUGUGUCGCUGCAGCUCAGUGUGUUCAUCCACUGUGUGCUGAAGGUUCUGUGUCUGCUGGUGGUUCCGGUUCUACUCUACGUGUUCUGGUUCUACGUUCAUCUGAGCAUCCUCCAGCACAGCGGACCACAUGACCAGCUGAUGAGCUCCGCCUUCCAGGCCAGCCUGCAGGGCGGCCUCUCCAGGAUCACCAAGGGUCAGCCGUUGGAAGUGGCGUACGGCAGUCAGGUGACGUUAAGAAGCUCCGCCUCUCAGCCCCUCCCCUGCUGGCUCCACUCACAUAAAGCCAACUAUCCAAUCAGGUAUGAGGAUGGGCGGGGCAGCUCCCACCAGCAGCAGGUCACCUGUUAUCCCUUUAAAGAUGUCAACAACUGGUGGAUCAUCAAAGACCCGGGCAGACAGGAGCUGGUGGUGGACACUCCUCCCCGACCCGUCCGUCACGGUGAUGUCAUCCAGCUGGUUCAUGGGAUGACAUCCCGCCUCCUCAACAGUCAUGACGUAGCAGCUCCCAUGAGUCCUCAGGCUCAGGAGGUUUCUGGGUACAUCGACUUCAACGUCUCCAUGGCGGCUCAGAACCUGUGGAGGGUGGACAUCUACAACAGGGAGGCGGAGUCAGAGGUGUGGAAGACCAUCCGGUCUGAGGUCCGAUUGGUUCACGUUAACACAUCGGCGGUCCUCAAGCUCAGCGGCGUGGCUCUUCCAGACUGGGCUUUCCAUCAGCUGGAGGUCGUCGCAGAAAAACUGCAGAAGGGACACGGCAGCAGUUUGGCCUGGACCGUGGAGGAGCACCGAUACGGAACCAGUCAGGAGCAGAAGGAGCGGGAGGCGGAGCUUCACUCUCCGACGCACAUCAACGUGGACCGAAAGAUCUCCUUCUGGUCCAAGUUUAUAGAGCUUCAGUGGAAGAUGCUGACUGUGAAACAGGAAGAGUCUGAACACAAGUACAGCUCAUCCCCUUUGGAGUGGGUCACCAUGGAAACCAACAUCGCCUACUGGCUGCACGCCUCCACCAACGCUCAGAUCCAUCUGAUUGGUAAUCCAGUGUCGUGGGGCGUGGCCAAUCUCAGCCUGCUGGCCUAUCAGCUGCUGGCGAUGGUGUACAUGCUAAGGAGGAGGCGGGGAUUUAAAGACCUGCCUGAUGAGGUUUGGCAGCGGUUUGUGUGUUUGGGCUUCGUCUGCGUCGGCGGCUGGAUGAUGAACUUCCUCCCCUUCCUGCUGAUGGACAGAACUCUCUUCCUGUACCACUACCUGCCCGCUCUGUGCUACCUGCACCUGCUAAGCCCCGCCCUCCUGGAGCACGUGCACACUCACCUGCUCAGCAGCAGGACGCUUCGCCGUGGACUCGGUUUGUGUGCGUCCGCCGUCCUCGUGUCCAUCUUCCUGUCCUACUGGUACCUCUGUCCUCUGACCUACGGCAGCCCCGAGCUGUCAGCCAAUCAGCUGCUGGCGCUCAAGUGGAGAGACAGCUGGGACAUCCUGUACCGCCGGCGCUGAGGGCCACUGAGACACUGAAGCUGUUCUUUACCACCUGAUGAGCAGCUCCUGAAUGCACCAUCAGCCCUGCUCUCAUCAUGUGACCCGAUGAUGUCACUGAAACCAACUGAAGCUUUUACUUUGAAAGAGACACAGCUGAUUGAAGCUCCGCCCUCUUUAGGGAGAACAGAGGCAUCAUGAACGAACUACAUACUGCUAACCUAAUCAGUUUAUCUGACUAGUUAAU